AUGCGUGGUCUCAUCCUGUUUGAGGCCGCAGCGCUACUUCUCUGUUGGGUGGUUCUUCUGAUCCUGACGGAGGGCCCCGCCACCACCAUGCUGCUGCACGACCUCGUCGCGUGGGCGCAGCGCGUGCUGGGGAAGUCAAUGGUGCACAGCGCGACGCUGAUGCCGGACCGCACUCUUGACAACGCCCUGCCCGAGGAGCUGCUGUCGCUCUUCUGGAUGCGCCGUGCCAUGGCGCAGCCGUACCGCAGCUGGUACCUGCACAACUCGGAGGCCUACAGCGGCGUGCCAGCGACCAUGCGCCUGCCAAAGGAUGUCGUCGCCGAAGGGCAGAUCUUGUACCCCUUCCAUGUACUGUACCUGUACGCGUGUGGGGUGUGGCUGCAGUGGAUGCAGCCUGAACUCGCCAUGAGACUCCUCACGCCGCGUGAACAGCCGCGCCUGACGCACAGCGACGCCGCUGAGCUGCGGAGCACACUUGCGUGGGUCAGCGUAGGCUGUGUCGUCCUCGUCGGCGCGCCGGGAGCAUGGUUUUUCGCUGGCACCCUCUCGCACUUGCUGCGCCGCGCGGUUUGCGAUCGGGAGUGUGCGUCUCGUCUGCACCUGCCAGCUGAUGUCUGCACCACCGCAGCGGCGUCUGCAGUUUUGGCGGCGCCACCGGCGAAUGCGGCAACGGCGUCGUCCAGGUCGCCGGAUGAGACAAUCAUCGGCAGGGAGAAGGAACUGGCUGGGGUAGCGACGCGUGAGACGGGAGACGUGGCCGCCUUCCUGGGCUCCCUCAUCAUUGUUCUCAUGGGUAUUCUGCCACUCCUCGUGGUGGAGGUGUGCACGAUGCAGCCGUGGUGCCUGUGCGGCUCGCUGCUCGUGUGGGCGCUUUUUUUUGCCCUCCAGAAUGAGCUGCAGCUCCACGUCGGUGAGGCGCAGACGACAGACGCCUCCUUCGACAUGAGCACGCCGAUCGUCGUCGGGAACGGUGUAGAGUUCUGUGCGCUAAAGCAGGAGCCGAGCGUCUGUCCUCUAAUCGCGCUCUCCGUGACAGUCACCGUGAUGUCGCUCGCCAUGCCCUCGUGCCUCUUCGCGACACUGCUCUUCUUUCUCUGGAGCCUCUCUGCAUGCUGGCAGCGCGGCUACCGCCGCGUCCUCGUGAAGCUGAAGCUGCCGAGUGGAACGAGGAAUCCGUCGGUGGGCAAGGAUGGCUACGUGCGCAUGGGCUACUCGUGCUACAGGGACACGCUCUGGAUGAACAGGUGCUUCUGCUGCGCCACGCUGUUUGCUGUGUGCCUUGUGCUGGCCGUUACGACACCGUGGUGGCUGCACCAGCAGCCCGUCCUGACAUUCAUGGACCUCUUCGCGAGCCCGCUAAAGCCAUCGUCCAGUGUGGCCACGAAGGGCGAAGCAGCUGAGCGUGCGAUCGGCCCGGCAAACUUGUCCUUCACGGGUGGGCACGAGAUGCACGCCUGCUGCCUCGUUGGCCCCUACUCGUACUACAACUGCGCGCGGCCGACGCCGAAUAUGUGGCGGCUGACCGAGUGGCUUGGGUUUCCGUGGACUUCCAUGGCCAAGGCCCUCACUGGCAUCUUCACGGUGAACCAGAGCUACAUCAACGAGGAGAGUCCGCUGUGGCUGAACUACAUCAUGCUUGUCCUUCUAACCCUCGCGAAUGCGGGCAGUAUUGUCGUGCUCACGUUCUACCGGGUCCGUAAGCCGCCGCUAUCCUUUGAGACACCGGUGGUGUACGCAGCGCAGCGGGCGGCACAGCGGGCAGAGCAUCAGUCGUACUGGGCCGCCAAGCGGGCGGGCCGCCGCGACGGAGCACGCCCACCAGCUCCGCCGGCACUGCAGCCCAAGCUGGAGUCCGCCUCCGCAGCGCAGGGCAGCGAUGGCGGAGCGCGGCAGCGAGCCAAGGUGGUGACCUGCCUUUCGCGGGAAGAGUACGUGGUGAAGCAGGUGGUGCUGUUGUGCUGGAUGCUUUCCGCUUCCACCAUCUCGGGCACAGUGCUGUUUCUGCGCAACGCACCUAGCAGCUGUGUGCUGGUCUUUACCUCCGGCUCGCUGCUGGCGGCGGUUUCUGUGGUGAUCGGCGUUCUGCGCUGUGAGCGGCCGCUCGCCUUUCACCCCGUUCCCCAGCGGACUGCGAUAGCCGUCAGUGAUGCGUGGAAGAUGAAGGGAGACGGAGCUACCGCCGCGGCAGACGGAUCGAAACCGCAGGACGCGGACAGCGUUGCUGCGCCGGAAGGCGGACAGGGUCAUGACGCCUCAGCGGCCAUGCCGCAGGACGGCGACGACGCGCGACCGCCCGCUGCCUCACGGUGGUGCACGACGGCGGUUGCACCGAGUCUGGCACAUGCUGCCGAUGUGCCGUGUCUCUACCUUGUCUUCACAGCAUCGGUGCUCAGUAUUGGUGCGCUGACGUGGGCGACAGUGCCGAUGCUGCUGCGCCACGGCAUUCUUCUCCUGUUGUGCUGCUGCACAUCUGUAUCACUAGUGCCGCUGCGAACGUGGACCCCGGUGGACAUCACGUGCAACAUCUUCGCGAGGCUCGGCGCAGUGAGCUGUGUUGGGCUGGGGCUCCUGCUGGCCGCGCAGGCGGUCCCGCAGUGGUCCGUGUCAGCUGUGGCGUGUCGGCUCGUACGCUUUACGGACAAGAUGGGCGACGUGUACACACACACCGGCGACAACGUCCUGCGUGCGCUCAUCUACCAAUGCAUUGCCUCCUGCUUCUUGUACGCCUGCUGCGCUGUUCACGCGACGCUGCGCGUGGUUCGGUUGGCGCUCGAGCCGGAGGAGGUGCACCUGGUGCCCAUCGAGGAAGAACUUCGCCUCUUUCAAACCAGUGGCAAUGCCGCUGCCUCUGUCACAGGACAUGCGAAGAGGCAACAGUAG